CAGCCUCCUACCUCAAAUCUAAUUAAUUAUAAUUUUCCUCCUUAUGACAACCCACACAAAAAAAGACAGAGAUAAGAAAAACAAGGACUUCCUGGGAGGCUGUGGAUCAAUUACCAAUGGACACCCAGAAGCAAAUUCACAAGACUCACAAUUCAAAGAACCAAUUUUUAACAAUUUUUUUCCUGUCAGUUGAAUUUGGGCAGGAAGGAACAUGCAAAAAUUUUUACCUUCUUCUUUCAACUGGACGCUACGGACAGAAAUCCAGGAGAGCUGACCUAGGAACCGCAGACGCUGCAGAUAAAACAGAGCCAGAAUGCUUUGCUGCCAGCUGGAACUUUGACCCAAACCCCAGUGCGACAGUCUCCAGUGCUCACUCAACUGGAAUGCAUCAAUGAAGGUCACUUUCUGUCCAGAUCAUGGAGUCUGCAUGAAAAGAAUCAAUGCAAUCCUAUUUUUUUUUUUUACUGCGCUCUCUCAAUUCUUAAAGAAAAACAUAGCAGACCCUGAGGGUGCCCAGCUCAGACCCCCCUCUGAAGCCUUUUACUAGCCCUGUGCAUCCAGCCCAGCUCCUGCAUGCCCUGCUGCUAAGAAAAACAAGGACUUCCUGGGAGGCUGUGGAUCAAUUACCAAUGGACAUCCAGAAGCAAAUUCACAAGACUCACAAUUCAAAGAACCAAUUUUUAACAAUUUUUUUCCCUGUCAGUGAGCACUGGGGCCUUCCCUGGAGAGCUGGAACAACUUGGCAACUCGCUCUCAGCCCUUCCCAUCCCCCCUAACCCACAGCCAGUGACCACCAGUGUGGGAAUAAAAAAGCCCAGCACCUGUGCCUUGGAGAGGACAAACCCUGAGAUAUAUCUCUGCUUCAGCACACCACUUAAGACCAAGAUGAGGCUGGGGUGUCACCCAAGAUGAUACACUUGUUGAGUCUCUUCUCCUCCCCUAUUCGUCCUCCACCCUCCACUGCCUCACUGGUACAUCUUGGGAGCACUUCCUCGACAAAUCCCUUGCAUUGAAUCCUUGGCUCAGGCUCUGCUUCUGGGAGAAUAUGACCUACUGGGGACAACAGUAAUGGUGAAUACAGUGGUGAACCAAACAAAGCAGACUUUGACUUCGUGAAGCUAAUGGGGAAGAAUAACUAUCAUUUCAUUGAUUGGAUGCUUGGCACAGAAGGAGGGGUGAGUACCUAUAUUCAUAGAUGAAUUCUGUCAGCCAAGGUGGGGGAGUUGCUUCAGCCAUCCUCUUUGGUGCUCAUUCUAAGUGUGCUGUUUCCAGCAUACCAGCUUCUCAAAGGCACUGUGCUGCCUUCAGACACAAGGCCUCCGGAAAAUGUGUCCACAUUUAAUGGGAGGUGGAGAGCCAACCUUCGCCUUUGUGCCAAGUCUCCUGAGAACACACAUGCAGAGCCUGCUCCCAGUUGGACAAAGGUCCAAUUCCCUUUGUCUUCCCCUUAGAAGGCAGUCUCCUGAGACUCUGCCUUGAAGAAGUAGGAUUGUGUCUGAUGCAUUUAUGUUUGUGGGGUUUUAUGUGUUUUCUUUUUAUCUUCCCUAGGAAAAAAGAACUGAGCAUCGGCAAAAAGCUGAGGAUGACAAGCGUAGGGGAUGAAAGGCUGCCUUUCCCCCCAACUUCUGAGCUUUUCUGACAGCUCCCAGCUGGGAGAGACCAACACGAUGAAAAGACAAAGAAUACUGGAGAAGAGAGGGGGUGGGCAGAGCCACAACCUCAUCCUCCCAGUGGUUCCUCUUGAGUCUGAUUUGACAAGAUGCCUUCCCACCCAGGUGACCCCGUGGGAACGUGGCAGUACCUCACCCCACGACCUCACUGAGUCCUCACGACAAAUCCAGGGUGCAGUUUUUUUCCCCAUUUGGAAAUUACAAAUUGAAAUGCAGGAAAGUUAAAGAGCUUGCCUGAGGUUGCUUAGAUAACAAAAGAAUAUGGAUUAGAACCCAGACCUACCCAGCUCAACAACUGAGUCCUUUUUUACUGGAUUACACCUAUCUCAUGGGCAUAAUUUUAUCUAGUCUCUCUCUAUUCCACUGUUUAAGAUAAAUCCUGUGAGGGUUAAAUGAGAUCAUGCAUGUUCAGUACUUAGCCUGGAGGUUGGUGUGAGAUAAGCACUCUAUAAAUGCUACCUAGCUUUGUUAUUGCUGUUGAUGGUGUUGCUGCUGUUUUUGUUAUUGUUACUGCUGCUGCUGCUACUGCUGUUGCUAUUUUUGCUGCUGUUGCUGCGGAUUAUGUUGCUGCUGAUGUUUUUGCUGUUGCUGAUGACAAUGUUUUCACUACUGUUCUUCUUAUUAUUAAUACCACUGUUGUUGCCAUUUUGCGGCAACUGUUGCUGCUGAUGUGCUGCUACUGUUGCUGUGAUGAUGCUGUUGACAUUGUCACUGUGGAUGUUGCAGUGAUGCUGUUGACAGUGUUACUGUGGAUGUUGUGGUGAUGCUAUUGACACUGUUACUGUGGAUGUUGUGAUGAUACUGUUGAUACUGUUACUGUGGGUGUUGUGAUGAUGCUGUUGAUGUUGUUUCUCUGGAUACUGUUAUGUUGCUGUUGAUGUUGUUACUAUGGAAGUAGUGAUGAUGCUCUAGACACUGUUUCUGUAGAUGUUGUGAUGAUGCUGUUGGCAUUGUUACUGUGGGUGUUGUGAUGA